GAAUAAAAUGCAGCAAAAUAGUAACUGCGCCAUUUGCAGUUAUCCGUUGGCGCGCGGCAAUUGCAGGAUCGUGGGGAAGAAGGGAAUUAGUACACUGAUCACACAGAGCAAACGCGCGGAAGACAAAAAAUGGUUGGAUUGGGAAAAAAAAGGAAAAACUGGACUGUGCCAUGAGAAGUGUAGACUUUCAUACUCGGUCAGGUGGAACGUAUACUCAGCAUUUGCGUUGAAUGCACCAAAUAACAAUGUCGUAGCUGCAAGGGAUGAGGUUCCUGAUUUCCAUUACGCGGAUAAUUGCUUCAUUUGUGGUUUGAGUAUAAUAAAAGAUGCGAAAACAUAA